GCCUGCCAGCGGUAGCUUGACUGGAGGGUUUCUCUGCUCGGUGCUGCAUUCACAUCCCAACGCUCAUGUGGUAACAUCCAGCAUUGCUUGGCUUCCCUUCCACGUUGGCCUAACUCCAGGGAUUUGGAAAAGACAGGGCAGACAGACGCUGUGAGAGAGAGGGCAUAUAUGCUGGAGAGAUAAGUUAUUUUAGAACUAGCAGGGGGAAAGAGCAGAAGUCCUGAGAAGAGAAAAGGGGAGAAACAGGUGAGAAAUUAAAGUGUCAAAAAAGGUAGAUUAGCUGACUGUACACAACAAGUCCACUGACAUGGCAGCCAUGGAAGCAAUGGAAUCCACAAGCGCCCAGCUGGAGCCUCAAACCCUCACUGAGAUCUCAGACGAUGAGGUCCACCUCCCGCCCUCGGACGACGAAGACGAUGCCCUCGCAGCUGCUAGGAAAGAACUGGCCACCAUGGGCACGGAGGGCGUUGCUGACGAAGACAAGGACGAGGCAGGAAAGCAAGACCCGCAGGUGAACGGGGUACUGGUGCUGACUUUGCUUGACAAGAUCAUCGGGGCGGUGGACCAGAUCCAGCAGACCCAGAGCGGUCUGGAGUCCAGGCAGCAGGAGAUGGAACGUUCGGUGAACAGCAUUCAGGGAGAGCUCACCAAACUGGCCAAGAGCCACAGCACCACGUCCAACAGCGUCAACAAGAUGAUGGAGAAGGUGGGCAAGGUGAGCGUCAACGUCAAGACUGUGCGGGCCACCCUGGAGAAGCAAGGAGGCCAGAUCAAGAAGCUGGAGAGCAACGAGGCGGAGCUGCUCAAGAGACGCAACUUUAAAGUCAUGAUCUACCAGGAUGAAGUGAAGGUUCCCUCAAAACUCAACAUCUCUAAAUCCAUGAAGGUUUCUGAGUCUGUGUCAGGAAGCAGAGGAGGAAGCAUCCUAGAACUCAAGGAAGCUGUGGAAGAGGAGGAGGGAGGAGAGAAGGCAGACAAGCCCCACAUUGACCUCUCGUCAGAUGAGGAGGGGGUGGAGAUUGAAGAGACCAUUGAGGAAACCCGUGCCGAGCGUAUCAAGCGUAGCAGUCUGCAGCGUGUGCAAACCCUGAAGACAGUCUUCUCAAAGGAGAAGAUCGAUAAGACCAGAGCAAAGACCAAAGAGAAACUGGAAAAGACCAAACAAAAGACAAAGGACAACCUGGAGAGGACAAAGGGCAACCUGGAAAAAACAAGGCAAAAGACCAAGGAUAACUUAGAGAAAACCAAACAAAAGACCAAAGAUAACAUCGAGAAGACGCGUCACAAUAUUGAGAAGAAGAUGGGCAAGCUUGGAACACAAAUGACUGUCAACCCUGAGCGCAAGCAGAAGAUGCAGACAUCUCGAGACAAGGUGAAGAAGGCCUUUACACCAGACCAUGUGGUCUAUGCCCGGUCCAACACGGCGGUGUACAAGGUGCCCCCCUUCACCUUUCACGUCAAGAAGAUCCGGGAGGGCCUCACCGAGGUGGUCCAAGGCACCGAGAUGGUGGAGGUGUCACAGGAGGCAUAUCCAUUCGACGGAGUGGAUGGGGAGGUGGAGGAGGGCGCGGUGGAAGUUGAGAUGGAGAUGAUAAAUGGAGGAGGAGAGGAGGAAGAGGCUGAUGAGGAUGAAGAGGAGGACAACCAAGAUGCUCUGCCAGAGAAUGAAAACAGAGAUAGAGACAGCGACUAGAUGAAGAGUCCGAAAUUUACCAAGAUCCCAACCCAAUUCCUGAGGUUAUUUUGUAAAAAAAAAAAAGGAAUUCUACGUCUUUAAAAAAAAUCCUUUUGGCCAUUACCCCUAUUAGUUACUUUAACUUUGUACUAAAAAGUUAUUGCUGAGAUCCGGGAACAGCCUGACUGAUGGGAGGUGGUGGGUCAGUCGAACGACCAGACAGGCUUAACAAGCCAACACUUGGUACAGGUUAGAUCAAUCCCUAUAUUGCAAGUUAAAGUGUAAAGUAACCAUCCUCCAGCAUAAAGGUCACUUCAGUUCGUUCCCAACUGUCUGACGGUCCCUGUGCAGAUAUAUCAUGUAGUCUCAAAGUUACAGCAUGCAGUGAUGAGCGCACAGAGAAGUAUAUGACAUGUCUCUGCCGUUCAUAGUAGAUCUAAUAAUCCUCUCUGCAUCUUUCAUUAUUGAUUGGGGGUGUUUUUGCACCACAACUUAACUGAUUUUGUUCACUCUUAUUGCUUUCGUCCACUUUGUUUCCAGCUUUUUAGGUGCAAAGACACCGAUACACCCAAUUACCAAUCCUCCCACAAACUGCUCCUUUAAGUUUUCAAAACUUUACCAGAGAGUAGAGGCAGGGCAAGGUAGCGUUCCUUACAAAUUGUACAAUGUGCAUGCAAAACGGCGCCCAGGCGCUCAACCUGACGAUACGUUACAACAUUCCCAGAUCUUAACAGUUAUUUUGGUAAAAAAAAUAUGAUUUCUUUCCUUUAUUUAACUCCAGUUUGUAAACAUAAAAUAAAUCAGUAUGGACGCAAAGUCCUUAACGCAUAUCUUGCUAUAUUUACAAAAGCAUGUAUGUUUAGAACGCAUUUCUGUUCGGAUUGUGUAAAAGAAAAAUGAAAAGAUUACAAAGGAAAAAAAUGGGAGGAGGAAAAAAGAAAAUAACUUUGCUAUUGGCUGAGGAAAGGAGGAGUAGUCGUAGAACUGACAAGAAAGGGAAAUCAUUAGUAAUUAAUUAGUAACAUUAAACAAAUGUGCAAAAUGUGCAAAUUGUCAGAAUUUUCUUUUUGUUUAAAAUAUCCCCAGCACCCAGUUAUAGUGGGAUGAGCACAAAGGAAGGAAUCAUUUCUUUUUCACUGAACGUCAGUAGCAUCUGUUGAAAAUUACCUCAUUGACUGUUGAGUAGUAGAUUUCCGAUGGCCAAAUUUUUUCUAAACACACUGAGUACACAUUGUGCUUAAAAUGGUGAAAUUUAUUUCGUACUGCAUACCACAUACAUAUUCCUUCCACCCUGUUCGUUCUUCAGCUUUAGUGAACUGUUAUCCUACUCUGCCUAACUGAUUAUAAAAUAAUCAGUUGUUAUUUCUACGUUCAUUAUGAGCUAGCAGUUAGAUAUUUGUGUACGACUUGUAUGUACUUAUAAUUUACACUUGGCUAAAUGUACCCUAGUAGUACUAGUUUUAUCACAUCUUGUUGCAUGGAAUGCCGUCACGCAACACUUUACUGCUAAAGAAUUAGCAUCGCCCAUGGAAAUUGUCUUCUGCAAAACAAAAGGCAGAGACAGUUCCUCCAAAGGUCUAGUGCAUUUCACUUUGAUUAUUCCCUUCCUACAACAUGCUCUGUGUCCUUCUAGGAUGUUAUUCAUAAAUGAACUGAGAUUAGGACCAGUGCUUUGGGCAUGUUCUCACACACCUCUGAUAGAAGCAGCGUAGUGACUCUUCACAUGGUCGGCACCCAGCUGUUCAUGGGGCUCGGUUUCAAAAGGGUCUGACACUGACUCCUAGUGUCCAGUCAUCAAGAAUCAGGAAACAUUGAUUACCAAAAUAUGUCAGACUUAAAAGGAAUUUGACUUGGUGGUUGGUGCAUGACAGCAGAUAGUUUGACAAUGGACAACAAGACAACAUAGUGCAAGGAAUAAGAUACAAUAUAAUGCUAUGGGUUAGCAAUCUAAAGCUAUGGGUUAGUUUAAAAGUAAGGGAAUAAGAGUUUAAAAAGUUAAAAAUAAAGUGCACCAGCGACAGAAAGUGACAAGUGAAAGUGACAAUCAUCCCACUGUAAUUUCCUUUGCUCCAUAUUAAAUGUGUUUUAUAUAUUCUCCACUUUACUAGUGCCCUCUUCAUGACAGCUUUUCCAUAAUUAAAUCAAGAGAUAAUCAAUUAACUCAUAAUUUUUUUACAAUUUCCCCAGCUAUGCUUUAAUCAUUAGCAUAAACUAGAACCUGAGGCGGCGCACUCUGAGAAGGUCAGUGAAGAGCUAACAUAGGGGCAGACACUUCUGUGAAUCAAAAGUCAAGUAUGUAGUUUUAGUUUACCACGUUACUUACCACAAUAUAUAGUUAACGUUUAGUUCCUAGCUCAAACACACCACCACAGAGUAUUUGUUUUUUGUAUGUGAAUCACUGCCAAUCAGAUCAUAAUGCCAUCUGGUGCUUGCACUUUUUAUUCCUUUAGAAAAACAGCUUCUCGGGCCAAAUCAUUAUGGUGUCUUUCCAGAUUUCACAACGCAACAAAUUACUAUUAUGGCCUUUUUAUACAAUUUGAUAGAUAAUGUGUUUAGCAGUUGAAUUCUAAGUCCUCCAUUGUGGCUCAACAGAUGUCUGUCAGAGCAGUGACAACUCAGGUGCGCUGAAGCCUUAAUGUCAACGGACCAUAUCUAGUUAACACUUAAAUGUUUCCUUGCUUUUGUUUAGUUGGUAACUGAUUCCUGUAUGUUUCCUUGCUUAACCACUAAUGAUUGAAUUAAUUAAUAAAUGCUAUUUGGUUCACAA